UGUUUUAAGGGGGGCGGGGGGAGAUCACCACUCUGGGUCUAGAAUGAGCGAGAGAACUAAAAGGCUGCUGCUGAGUGCCCACGAGGCUCAAGAACCUCCCUGGAGACACAGCCCAGCCUCCCCUCCCCCGCCUCGUUCCUGGGGUGGCGGAGAGGCCCCGCCGGCGGGCUGGCUGUCGCUCCGGAACCGGCAUCUGGAGGGCGGCCCCCGGGUGGAGCCUCCCGCCGGCCGCCCACCUGGGGCCGCGGCGCGGCCUCCCUCCCGCGCCCCGGCCGCGUGGCUUGCGGCUUGUUUUCCCAGCUGGCAAGCGUCGCGCUGCAGACAAGGGCAUGCCUGUGGUCCUGCGUGUUCUGGAGUUCCGGGGCAUCCUGAUCCUGCUGAGCCCCUUCCGGGUGCAGAAGGGUUAAGAAUGAUGAAGAAGAGGAGGAAGCGAGGCGCGCCCCCCGGCCCAUGCCGCAGCCGGAGGCCCGGCCCCGCGACAGCGCCCGCGCCGCCGCCCUCGCCGGAGCGCACGAGACCUGCAUGGACGGGCAUGGGCGUGAGAGCAGCACCUUCCUGCGCCGCCGCCCCCGCCGCCGCCGGGGCUGAGCAGUGCGGCCGCCCCGGGCUCUGGCCGCCGCCGCCGCCGCUGCUGCUGCUGCUGCUUCUCGGCCUCGGGCUGCUCCACGCAGGUCAUUGCCAACAGCCAGCACAAUGUCGAAUCCAGAAGUGUACCACAGACUUCGUGUCCCUGACUUCACACCUGAACUCUGCCGCUGAUGGCUUUGAUUCUGAGUUUUGCAAGGCGCUUCGUGCCUAUGCUGGCUGCACCCAGCGAACUUCAAAAGCCUGCCGUGGCAACCUGGUGUACCAUUCUGCUGUGUUAGGCAUCAGCGACCUCAUGAGCCAGAGGAACUGUUCCAAGGAUGGACCCACAUCCUCUACCAACCCGGAAGUGACCCACGACCCUUGUAACUACCAUAGCCACGGGGGAGUCAGAGAACACAGGGGAGGGGACCAGAGGCCUCCCAAUUACCUUUUCUGUGGCUUGUUUGGAGAUCCACAUCUUAGAACUUUCAAGGAUCACUUCCAGACAUGCAAAGUGGAAGGGGCUUGGCCACUCAUAGACAAUAAUUACCUUUCGGUUCAAGUGACGAAUGUGCCUGUGGUCCCUGGAUCCAGUGCAACUGCUACUAACAAGAUCACUAUUAUCUUCAAAGCACACCAUGAGUGUACAGAUCAGAAAGUAUACCAAGCUGUGACAGAUGACCUGCCAGCCGCCUUUGUGGACGGCACCACCAGUGGGGGGGACGGUGACGUUAAGAGCCUUCACAUCGUGGAGAAGGAGAGCGGCCGCUACGUAGAGAUGCAUGCCCGCUACAUAGGCACCACAGUGUUUGUGCGACAGCUCGGCCGGUACCUGACCCUCGCCAUCCGGAUGCCCGAAGACUUAGCCAUGUCCUACGAGGAGAGCCAGGACCUGCAGCUGUGUGUGAAUGGCUGCCCCACGAGUGAAUGCAUGGAUGACGGCCAAGGCCAGAUGUCUGCUCUCCUGGGGCACAGCCUGCCUCACUCCCCUUCAGGGCAGGCCUGGCCUGGCUACACACUGGAGACUGCCAGCACCCAGUGCCACGAGAAGAUGCCCGUGAAGGACAUCUAUUUCCAGUCGUGCGUCUUUGACCUGCUCACCACUGGGGAUGCCAACUUUACUGCUGCAGCCCACAGUGCCUUGGAGGACGUGGAAGCCCUGCACCCGAGGAAGGAGCGCUGGCACAUCUUCCCCAGCAGCCGCGGGGGGCGCAGGGAUUUGCCUGUUGGUCUUGGGCUCACAUGCUUGGUCCUCACUGUGUUUUUGUAGGGGUUGCUUGUUGUAUUUUGGUUUUGUUUUGUUUUGUUUUGUUUUUUUGGGUUUUUGUUGGUUGUUGUUUUUUUGUCUAUAACAGAAUUUUAAAUAUAUAUUGUCAUAAUAUAUUGAGUGAAAGAGUAUAUAUGUAUAUACCAUGUAUAUGACAGAUGUUUGUCCUGGAACACCAGAUUGUACAUUAUGUGUUUGGCUGUUUUCACAUAUGUUGGUUGUAGUGUUUUUUUGAUUGUAUCAACUUUGUUUUGAAGUUUUGUGAAAUGUUUUAUAAUGUCCCUGCUUAGGGACUUCUUAGAAAGCACUUUAUUUUUUAUAUAUUAAAUAUUUAUGUGUGUACCUGGUUAAUAUGUACAGUGCAUAUACACAGACACCACAGCAAUCCAUUUGAAGGAGACCAGUUUGUAGCUACUCUGGGUGUCCCUCCUGCACUUCCCUUUGCUACUGAUUUGCCAAGGUACACAGUUCCCAAUGGAGCUGUCUCCUUUCCUUUGAAAUGUCAAUUUGAGAGGAAAGUGGUCCCCUCACUUCUAAGUACUUUUGAUUCUUAAAAUGUGGCUCUCACUAAAGAACCUUGUUUCCAACAGUUCAGUUUUUGCGAACGUGGGGACAGUAGUGCUACAACUGCAGUCCGUGUUAUAGUUGUGACAUUGGAGCACAUAUGGCCUAUUAAGUUGACCCUUCCGAAGCUGCUGUGUGUUGGCUCUGAGUCUGCUGAUGGACAUUGCAAGUAAAUUCCAGGCAUCUUACUAUACCUGAGCUAGUAGCUCUUUCUCAUCAUCUAUCCCUACUUAAAUUGUAGUUUUCCCCUCCUGUAACUCUUUAAGCAAAACCAAAUUAUCAGCUUAGUAGAGGUCAUACCUUGCUCUCCCUCUUUGUAAUUUGUAAAAAUCACUUUAACUCUCCUCCUUGGCUGCUUGGAAUUCUAACAGUGCUGUGUGGCUUUGCCCCAGCAUCUCCCUAAUUUCCCCUCAGGAUUCCAAAUCCUGGCUGUUAGUGUUCCUCUGAUAUUGAGGUCCUGGAGUAGGCCGUGAGAACUGAAAAUCUUCCUUGGCGUACGUUAGUACGUACGCACUUGCCUCUGGAUGCUGUUCAGUCCUGAUGUUCAUAACUAGGCGUUGUGCUGCCCAAGUAGUAUCUGCCUUUUCAGCUCUCUGCCAUCUUGACACCUGUUGUUGAAUGUUAGGCAAUUGCACCUGUCACUUAGUGAAAUCCCUGUAAGGUAAAAUCUCUCCUUGCCUCUUCCAUCCCAUUGCUGGUACCAACUGUAAAAGGAACAUGGCGAAAGUCAGUGGUGCCAGCACAGUUAACUCCUGAAUAGGUAGGUUUGUAUUGUUAUAUCUAAAUGUGAGUGUUUGGUUCCAAGAAGUGAUAUAAUUUGUGUUUUAAUAUUUAAGGUUUAAAUUAAUGCAAGCAAAGAUACAAACCUUAAAUACUCUAUAGUUAUUUAGGCUAGGGUGAUACUUUUUGCCACGCCCUAUUGGCCAGUGCCACUGACAGACUCAGGCUGGCAGCAAAAAGGAUAUUUUGUGAAGUUGUGUUUCUUAGAGAACUGAUACAAUGAAAAGGUGGGAUUGUGUGCUCAUUAGGAGGCGGAAGACUGUCACCCUGGGGCAAUUCCAAAGGCACCCUGCGUCCUCUUCAAGGUUGGACUCCAGCCUCGCCCUGUAAAAGAACAUCCUAAGAAAGCUGGAUUGGGACUGAGCAGCUCUGAAGCAUGGCCACUUUUGUUCAUGUUCUUGAGCCAUGUGUCAACAUCAGUAGCUACUAGUAAUUGAGUAGAGCAAGAGAGGGAAGAUGUUGAUUAUUUAUAACCACUAUUUUUGUGCAAAUAGUAUAAAAGUAAAGCAAAAACAAAGGAAGUCUCUCCAGUGUCUGGCUUUAGAGUGUGAUGGCUGUCACCUCUAUCCUUUUGAGGAGAACAGAACCACCACGUCUACUCGUAGUUUGGAAGAGAAAGUUUGCUUGUUUAGCUGUAUCGUUUAGCUGGAAAGGGUGCCCAUGAGUGUACGAACUACAGCAGUGGCAUUAGUAAUAAUAGUGUGAUGGUUUCUCCCCCAUAAUCCCUGUCCCUUUACGUCCUUUACAGAUCCCACAGAUAACUUUUAGAAGUGAAGUACGUCUGUAGAGAAGGGCCAGGUUUUCUUCGGGGUUUCUAAGGAAAAUACUGCGUACAGUUGUUUCAUCGAGUCCUUGGCCAGGAGAAGGUCAGACCAGACCAGCAUGUGUAUAAGCUAGAGCUCUUCACAGCUCUCUGGGGAGAGCUUAAAACUUGGGGCAAAACACUUGGUUUUCCCAGAUCUCUCUACAUGGCUCUUUCAGAAAAGAUUCAACAACACUUUUGCCCUGUUCACUGCGCUUGGAAACCCCCACGCUGUGCCGAGUCUUUGCAGAGAAACCUGUAGAUGUGGUUCAUAGGUGUAUGAGUAUCUGUAAAAACAGUGAGUGUGCGGUAUGUAAAUACUUUUAAGUUAUUAUGCUAGAAAAAUAAAGUUAUAGACCUUGCUGUCAAA